AUGAAGGGCGAUAGGCUGGCAAAGUAUAUCCGGUGCAUGUUCCACGCUGUCUUACCGCUCGAUGCGGCGCUGGGGCAGAGGCUGAUGAAGCAGGCCGUCGACGUGGCGAGGGAUUCUCGCAAGACCCAGCAUCCGUUCCCGGCCGAAGAGCUCGAGUGGCUUGUGACCGUGAGCUUUAACCAGGCGGUGGACGCUUAUAAUGUCCGACAAGACGACGAGUGCAAUACGUGGGCGGAUUUGGCGCUGAAUUUGGCGCAUUAUGCUGAUGACGGCGGGGAGUUGGAGAAGAGGGUGCAGGAGAACCGGAUCAAGUUAAAAUUUGAGUUGCCCUGA